GGAUUGAAAUUCUCUCGAAAUCUUCCUACCACUUGAGGCGGGAAGAACUGAAACUCUAUCAUCAUCUUCUUCUUGGUUGAGCGGUUAAGCUCCAGAGCCAUUUCCCGAAAUUCCUAAAAGAAGUAUGGUGGUAGCGGACCCAGAAAUUGUGAUGAUGGUGAUCAGAGCAACGAGGCCAGAUUUUCGCGGUCCCAGAGACAAGGUGGCCUUCUCUGUGCACGCUACUUUCAUGGCUUCUGGUUUCUAUCUUAACGCCACCGGCCCUCCUGCUCUCGACAUGGACACCUUCUCCUCCCCCUCAAGCUCCGAUGAGGUAGGUAUCCAUAAUUGGAACUUCUACGAUCAUCAGUAUGCAUUUGUGUAUUCAGAUCCAAAACCGAAUCGAAGGCCAAACAGAGUAAUAGCUCUUUGUCUUGCAAGGGGUGAAAGGGGUCGUCGGAUGCUGGUUGUUUCAAUGAGGAAUGGUGACAGCACACUUUAUGAACUCGAACUGAACGUUAAUACCUAUGUUCAGCAAGGAGACAACAAUUACCCCUCAAAGUAUAAGAAUUUCGUGGAGCUGGUGCAGCUAAUCGAACAAGGGGUGGUGAGAGACCAUGACUCUUCAACCAUAGAAUCAUUAUCAACUAAUCGGUCAAGGCAUUUAGCAUUUCCAUCUAACCGCCAUGGCAUUUUCCGCGCACCCAAUGCUACUGAAAUCUUUCAUCAAAGCGUUCCCAGAUACUUGGCAUCUCCAUUUCCUACCAUUGGGGGAAUGUACAUUUUUUAUGGACUUCUUUUACCCAGUUAUUAUAUGUAUACACUUCCCGGUAGGAGAGGUUUUGGCAUUUCCCCGGGACCUUAUGUUGUUGUGUUUUUCAUGCGCAGCCUUCACAGUUACAUCACUUACAUGACUCCUCCGGUUCCUGUAAGUUGGGGAACAUACAAUUUCUACUAUUGGACAUGGUACUGGAGAUUUUACUUUCCAGGAAUAAUGAGGAUGUAGGGGAGAGGAGAAAAGUUUGCGGAUCAUAACGCCUGACCGCCCUGACCGGACCUUGAAAUUUACAUAUAAACUGUUAAUAUCAAAGGUUGUAAUUGUAUAUACUUGGGUGAUGUGGUGUGCUUUGGAAGUUUGAACUAAUGAAUAUCAAAUGUUUAUGCGUUGAGCUUCCACAAUGAAAUCAAAUAACAGGGCCACUAGUCUACUUGAAAUUUCUCCAUAUUAUGACAUAUUUAUAUGCGUGUGGGGAUGAAAUCAUGAAAUAAUUGGAAUAAUAUAUUUGUGGGUCGUCUACCAGGCAGGUGGUUCACUUUGGUUAAAUGUCUGAAUGCCAUAUUUGUGGAACUUUUCAAGCUUGGCUUGUAUAGUUGCAAUUAUUAUUUUCGAGAAACUGUGUCUGAGCAUUGGUAUUGCAUGUGCUGUUUUCUUUUUGCAUUGUAUAUGGGAGACAGGAGUCUAGGACCCCGUAACUGGUCCACCAUAAUAAGAGUUCUCAAAAUAAAAAAAUAUCCCCAAAAGAGUAAAAACAACAUGUAACUGUUGUCCAUUUGGAAAAUACUGUCAGAUAUGACUUUAAUUAUG